AUGGCUACUCUUGAUGAUAACUGGCAAACAAAACGUCCAACCAUCAGCGAGAGAACCAAAUUUAUUUUCAAUAACGAAUUAUUAAGUGAUGUGAAGUUUGUAGUUCCUGCGUCUCAUAACGAAAGUGAAAGCCGGAAGAGUCAGAAGUGCAUUCCAGCUCACAAGUUUAUACUUGCAAUCAGCAGUCCUGUUUUCUUUGCCAUGUUCUACGGUGAAAUGGCGGAAACAUCAGGCACUAUUCAACUGCCUGACUGUGAUUAUGAGAGUCUCUUUGAGUUGUUUCGUUUUCUGUACAGCAAUGAAGUGAACUUGAGCGGAAGUAAUGUCAUGCAAGUUCUGUACUUGGCAAAGAAAUACCUGGUGCCUUCACUAGCCGUUAAGUGCUCUGAAUACCUUCAGGAACAUCUAGAGGCGUCGAAUGUGUUCUCCGUCCUGCCGCAAACUCAGAAAUUUGAGGAUAAAGAUUUGGAAGAACGGUGCUGGGAUGUUAUAGAGACGCACACCGAGAAUGCUCUGACGUCGGAAGAAUUUGUCACGCUUGAGAGAUCUGUCGUUGAGGCUGUAGUGAAAAGGGAGAGAUUGAAUGUAAAGGAAGUGGAUUUAUUCAAGGCUGUUGAUCGCUGGGCCACCAAAGAAGUGGAAAGGCAAAGACUUACUCCUGAUGGCGUGGUCAAAAGAAGGAUUCUUGGUGAGGAAAUUGUGAAAGCGAUAAGGUUUCCAGUGAUGUCGCAGAAGGAGUUUGCUUCGGUUGUUGUGGAUUGUGAUAUUCUGACUAGAAAAGAGAUUGGUUUGAUGAUGAAACACUACAGUGGUUUCGGUUUAGACUCGUCUUUACCAUUCAUGAAUUCCAUUAGAGUUAGUCUUUUGCAUCGAGUUUACAGAUUUGAAAAGCCGGGCGGUAUCUCUGAUCGUCCCUGGAACUACUUUGGUAAGUCUGAUGCCAUUAAUCUAACUGUCAGUAAACCUGUCAUUUUACAUGGAGUGCAGCAUUUUGGUAGUGCAGGUGGCAAAUACACAGUUUCAUUAGAAGUUGUGACGAAAGAUGGGGCAAUUGGUGUGUCUCUGCUAAAACUGACGGGCAGGUAUUCCUCUGAGAAAGAUGAGACAAAUGACUACUAUGGAUUUGAUGUCAUGUUUGAUGUCCCAGUUUCCCUUGAGAGGGGCAAAAUAUAUGAGAUUGUAUCACAUAUUGAGGGCCCGUCAUCGUGGCAUGUGAUAAACGGAAAAUACACGGAUGAAGUUGAAGGAAUCAAGUUUUCAUUUAGCAAUUCAAAGAUUUCUAAGAAUGCAACUGAUGCCAGCCGUGGCCAGUUUCCUGCACUUAUUUUCAGCACAAAGUAA